AUGACCCCGCGCCCAGCAAGUCACGUAAGUCACGUAGCAAUACACUUGGUUAUCCACAGACGUUCUUAUUUAUCUCUUGCCUAUCCUUUAUAUCCCGUACUCCACUCCCAAGUCGAGCCAAGCUACCCAGCCUACCGUACCCCACCCGCUGUGGUAGUUCCCUCUUUGUCUUCGCAGAAGCCAGAGGCGGCACCUAUUGUCGUCAAGACUUCAAGCACCCCCUUAGAGCACGUGCUCUUCUUCGUCUGGCUCUUGCAAACCCAGCGUAACCACGACGGUCUACGUGAGGCCGUCCUCGUCUUGCCUAGCCAGUGUAACUACGACUGUCUACGUGACGCCAGCCCCCUCUACUCUGGUUUCCUCGGCCUCUUCACCUUUGGCCUCGUCGGUGUCAACAGCUGUGGCCCCCUCUGCGCCACCAGCUACCAAUGGCAGCUUGUCGGUUACGGUACUGUGCCAGCUGCACCGCCCGUCUCUCCUCCAGCAACACCUAUCCUCGUCCCGUCGGCCUCGAACCCAGUUGCACCACCAGCUGUUAACAGCACUACCGGUACGCCUACUAGCCACUGUCCACUGUCCACUGUCCACUGUCCACUGUCCACUGUCCAUCGUCCCCCGGAUUUCGGCUCUCUAACGUAUCCAAAGAGCCGGCCUUGCAAGCGUCUCAUCUCAGACUUCUACAAGAUUCCAUGUCAUGGCCUGAUGCUACAGCUUCAGUUCCUGGAGCAUACACGCGACACACAGGACAACUGGCAAGAGGAGAUUCAACAGGGCACCCACGCCUCCUACAAUAAAUCGCAGGUACACCAGAGCAGCACCCCUCUGCUCAGCUCUCCUCCACCAGAGAGCAGCCUCGCUGCAGGCCAGACAGUCAGCAUGGCGAAUCAGGUGGAUGCCAAGGGCAAGAAGGUGGUCGUCAUGAACAAAUACGUCUACGACGCCUUCUUGUGGACGUUUUCCAUACUGGUCGAGCUCUUCUUCCGCGAGGUCCACCCACGCAGUAGUUGGAAGGUGCCCAAGGAGGGGCCGGUCAUAUUUGUCUGCGCACCCCAUGCGAACCAGUUCGUCGACCCUCUUAUGUUGAUGCGUGUCGUCAAGAAGGAAUCCGAUCGGCGGAUACAGUUCCUCAUCGCAGAGAAGUCGAUGAAGCGCAAGUUCGUCGGCACAAUGGCAUCCCUGACGGGCGUGGUGCCGGUGGGAAGAGCCAUGGACAUGACGAAGCCGGCACAGGGCAAAAUAUACCUCCCCGACCCCAUCAACGACCCCUGCCUCCUCCGCGGUGUCGGCACCAACUUUGAAGACGAGCAGUUCCAGAUUGGCGGAUCUAUUGUGCUACCCAAAGUGGACAACAAGGCGGCGACUGCAGAGAUUUUGGAAAUCAUCGGCCCCGAGGAGAUUAGACUCAAGCGCCCCUUCAAUGGAGGUGUCGCUAUGCAGCAAUUGACCGGUCGCAACGACAUGACUGAGGAUGGAGUCUUUGUAGAUGGAGCUGCGGAGAAGAAGGGCAUUGCCGAGGGCUAUGAGGGCACCAACUUUGGCAUUGCGCCCAAGCUGAACCAGACCGAAGUCUACGACGCUGUGCAUGCAGUCUUACAUAAUGGUGGAAGCGUAGGUAUCUUCCCGGAAGGGGGAAGUCAUGACCGCACAGAUCUUUUGCCUCUCAAGGCGGGUGUUGCCAUCAUGGCACUGGGCACGUUGGCCUCGAAACCCGACUGCAAAGUCCAGGUGAUACCCGUGGGCAUGAACUACUUUCACGCGCACAAGUUUCGAUCAAGGGCUGUGAUUGAGUUUGGCACCCCAAUCGAAGUCCCAAUGAAGCUUGCGGAGCAGUUCGAGACCAAGGAAGGGCGUCGAGCUGCCAUCAGCGAGAUGCUCGAAAUUAUCAAGCAAGGCCUUCUCUCGGUGACUGUCACCACUCCAGACUACGACACACUCAUGGUCAUUCAAGCUGUUCGCCGCCUAUACAACACCAAGGGCUCGAAAAUACCAUUGCCUAGGAUCGUGGAACUCAAUCGACGUUUGGUGCGUGGCUAUGAACGGUACAAGGACGACCCUCGUAUUAUCGAGCUUAAGAAAGAGGUCAUCGCCUACAACGCGAAGCUCAAGGCCCUUGGAUUGCGAGAUCAUCAAGUGGAUUACGCGAAGAUGCAUCCAAUUGCAGCAGCGGGUCUCUUCUUCUAUCGCCUGGGAAAGCUACUUUUCCUGAGUAUCCUCGUGCUACCCGGCACCCUCCUCUUCAGUCUCGUCUUCAUUGCAACUAAGAUUUACUCGAUUAAAAAGGCCAAGGAAGCAUUGGCCGCCUCGAAUGUCAAGAUCCAAGCGCGCGAUGUCAUGGCGACUUGGAAACUCCUUGUCGCCAUGGCCGUUGCCCCGGCCGCAUAUGCCUGGUAUGUUUGCCUGGGCCUGCUCUGGUACUCGCGCAGCAAUUGCAGUGGCUAUCUGCCUCCUGGCAUUCCCAAGCGCAUCCUCAUCCCAGGCCAACUCAUCGUCUACGUCACCGUCACCUAUGGCGCCCUGCGUUUCGGCGAAGUCGCAAUGGACAUUUUGAAAUCGCUCGGCCCGCUCUGGAAGAUGAUGAACCCCUUCUCGAGUAGCGAGCUCGUCAAGCUCCAAGAACGUCGCAAAGAACUAGCCCGCCGCGUCAACGAGAUCAUCUCGGAGCUUGGCCCGGAAAUGUACGACGACUUCGACUCGAAACGCAUCCUCCAGGACCCUUUUACGCACGACCAACACGCCACCCAAACAGCCCGUAAAUCCACGGCAGAUGCGCGUGAGCACGACGAAGCCGAGACGCACGAACGCUACACGUAUCCCGCCUCUCCGGGCUCGGCAAACGACAUUCCCCGCAACGAAUCCUUCCACGACCUCGCCAACCAGGACAUUUUUAGCAGCCGACCGCAGACACCAAGGAAGAGUCGCAGUCGCAACGCUAGCUAUGCCAAUCUGAUGGGUGCCGGUGGCGGCGCCGGUGGUGGUUUCCAGCUCAAGCCGUUUAGCACCGUCGACAAGACGCUCGGGGAGGUCAAGAGGCGGUUGACGGACGGGGUGAGUGAUCGUCGACGGAAUCGGGCCAGUGGGGGUGGGGAUGCAGGAUGGGGUGACGGCGGGCUGGCGAGCGAGAGUGAGGAGGAGCGCGAGGGUGUCGAGAUGGCGAGGAAGAAGCGGUAG